GGCAUCAUCUCUAGUCUGAUUAUACUAGUCGGCUUAGGUGAUAGAUAGGUAAGCAAACUAGGCGUCUAGCUAACAAGCCAAACGUAAAACUGGUGGCUGCACGUGCCACGCAUCUACCAAACCACUGUUGUUAGGUACUACCGGCGAGAUCGCCGGCGAGAUCGCCUGUAGUAGCACCCAUCACGGUGCAUCAUGCCCUUGUUAUAUAUAGCCGCCGAAGAAGCCAAGUGCCCAAGCAGCAUAUCAUAAAGCCCUCGGGAGAAAGAUGAAGCAGGAGGGGCGUGAGAUGGGCGGGGGUAAAGCAGGGCCGGUGGUGGUGACGGGGGCGUCAGGUUUCGUAGGGUCAUGGCUGGUCAUGAAGCUCCUCCAGGCAGGGUACACCGUCCGGGCCACCGUCCGCAACCCAUGUGAGCACGCGCUCUCUCAGACGCACCAAGCUUUCACAUUUCGCUCACUCGUUUUUCUUUUGGGUCUGAAUUUACCAGCUGAUGUUGGGAAGACGAAGCCUUUACGGGAGCUUCCCGGAGCGAAAGAGCGGCUGUCCAUCUGGAGAGCCGACCUGAGCGAGGAAGGCAGCUUCGACGAGGCCAUCUCCGGGUGCACCGGCGUCUUCCACGUCGCCACGCCCAUGGACUUCGAUUCCAAAGACCCCGAGAACGAGGUGAUCAAGCCCACGGUGGAAGGGAUGCUGAGCAUCAUGAGAGCCUGCAAGGAGGCCGGCACCGUAAAACGCGUCGUCUUCACCUCCUCCGCCGGGACGGUCAACGUCGAGGAGAGGCAGAGGCCAGCCUACGACCACGACAACUGGACCGACCUCGACUUCUGCCGCCGCGUCAAGAUGACCGGAUGGAUGUACUUCGUGUCCAAGUCCUUGGCGGAGAAGGCGGCCAUGGAGUACGCGAGGGAGAAGGAGCUGCACCUGAUCAGCGUCAUCCCGACGCUCGUCGUCGGCCCAUUCAUCAGCGCCGGCAUGCCGCCCAGCAUGGUCACCGCCCUGGCACUCAUCACAGGGAACGAAGCCCACUACUCGAUCCUGAAGCAGGUGCAGCUGGUUCACCUGGACGACCUCUGCGACGCCAUGGUAUACCUCUUCGAGCACCCGGACGCCCGUGGCCGAUACAUCUGCUCCUCCCAUGAGGACACCAUCCAUGGCCUGGCGAGGAUGCUCCGGCAGAGGUUCCCCGAGUACGGCAUCCCGGAGAAGUUUGCGGGGAUCGACGACGACAUCGAGCCGGUCCACUUCUCGUCCAAGAAGCUCCUCGACCUCGGGUUCAGGUUCAGGUACUCCCCGGAGGACAUGUUCGACGCCGCCGUUCGGACGUGCAGGGAGAAGGGCCUGAUCCCGGUUGGAGACAGGCCGGCGCCUGCAGCUGGUAAGACGGGGGAUAUUCUUGUGGAGGAAGGUCAGGCGAUUGGUGCCGAGACAUAAGUACAUAACAUAAGCCUGCAUGCUCGCUGGCUGGUUAUGUACCUGUACGAUUCCUUCUACUCCCUCCGUCCUGAAAUAAGAUCUACAGAGUAUUUCAUAAAUUGGGUUGGCAGAGGACACUAUAACUGGUGGGAUAUCAUGGAGGGCAGAAUUUCCAUUUUGGCCCAGUAUCAGUAUGAAAUAAAAAACUGAAACGAGUACCGUUCCUGCCAACAUCAAGCCACGGAGAGAAAACCAAGAACUUGCGUUGCAUGUUGGAAUAUGUUAAUGAAUUAGUAAUUGCAUGA